AAAACCUCUGCCGCAGUACCAAAAAUGCCUCUUAUGUGCGGCGGUGGAAGCGAAGCCAAAGCAUCUCAAAUCCGCCAUUUCGCUCCCCCAACUAGUUUUACCUUUCUCAUUUUCCCCCAGACCCCAAUAAACUCCUCACAGUCUCAUAAAAAUGCCAGGAUUUGAGAUAUGGCCGAGAAAUUCACAAUCCCAAACUCCAUCCUCAAUAGAUUUAACUCCCAGCUCUUCUAGCUCAUCCACUCUCGGUGGCAUAUUUCUGGAGCCCACCGUUUAUUCUUCUAGUGUUAAUUUUAUUUCUCAUAAAUGCUCUUCAAUCACUAUUUCAAAUCCCAUUUCCUUUUAUAAACACGCGAAUUUCGGGGGCUUAAAGAGAGGAAGGAGGAGUAGAGAUUUUAAUGAAGUGGUGGUUAGUGGUGUUUUUCUGUCAGUGAGCUUGAGAAAUGAUGGGCUCCUGCAGGAAUCUAAGGUGUGUUUGGUUCCAAACGAAGAUAGCAAGAGCCUGGAGGAGGAGGAUAAGGUGGCAGAGGGAGGUAAUAUUGUUUUGGAUAGUAAAGAGAACCGGAAGGUUAAGGCGCGAGGAGGUUUUGCUAUGAAUACCACUAAGCAUCUGUGGGCUGGUGCCAUUGCUGCCAUGGUCUCAAGAACUUGUGUGGCUCCGCUUGAGCGAUUAAAACUGGAAUAUAUAGUUCGCGGUGAGCAAAAGAAUAUUGUUGAGCUAAUCAAGACAAUUGCUACUACUCAAGGCUUGAAGGGUUUUUGGAAAGGGAAUCUUGUUAACAUUCUUCGCACUGCGCCAUUUAAAGCGGUCAAUUUUUGUGCUUAUGACACAUAUCGGAAGCAACUGCUCAGAUUCUCAGGAAAUGAGGAAACAACGAAUUUCGAAAGGUUCAUUGCUGGUGCUGGUGCUGGCAUUACUGCGACAAUUCUCUGUUUACCACUUGACACGAUCCGGACCAUGAUAGUUGCACCUGGUGGAGAAGCUUUGGGUGGUGUAAUUGGUGCUUUUCGCCACAUGAUACAAACUGAAGGUUUCUUUUCACUUUACAAGGGCUUAGUACCUUCUAUCUUAAGUGUGGCACCAUCAGGGGCAGUUUUCUAUGGCGUGUAUGAUAUACUGAAAUCAGCUUAUCUUCAUUCACCGGAAGGUCAGAAGAGACUUCAUUAUAUGAGCCAUCACGGGCAGGAAUUAAAUGCCUUGGACCAACUGGAGUUGGGACCAAUCAGGACAUUAGUGUAUGGGGCAAUUGCUGGUGCUUGUGCAGAAUUUGCUACAUACCCAUUUGAAGUUGUUAGGAGACGGCUUCAAUUGCAAGUCCGGGCUACCAAGAUGAGUGCAUUGGUGACCUGUGUCAAGAUAAUUGAGCAAGGAGGAAUUCCAGCUCUUUAUGCUGGACUGUUUCCCAGCUUGCUGCAGGUACUUCCUUCAGCUGCAAUUAGUUACUUCGUCUAUGAGUUUAUGAAGAUUGUUCUCAAAGUGGAAUGACAGAGGAAAUAUGAUCUAUUAGAGAAAACUUGUGGGUGGUAUGUAUACUAGUGACUCAAGAUGAUCACUGGAUAUAAAUCAGAAUGGUAAGACCGGUCAUUUACACAACAAUUACCAUUGAUUUAACAGCACAUUCUUGUUAUGCAAAAGGAGGAACCACAAAAUUUUCAAUAUCUAUAAUCUUCUUUGCUUGAUUUGAUUA